AUGCAAGAGGCUCUGCUGCGAGUGGUUGUCGUGGCUCUGGGUCUCCUUCUGUGUCCGAGGGAUGACCCAGGGGUGCAGGAGGACUGGGAUGGCAUCGUCACAGUGGGUCUGCAAAAGCAUGAAGAGAAGCUGUUAAGGGGAGAAGAGAAACUGGGGGAGGAAAUGGCACCUGUCAGAGAGAAAGUGAAACAAACUGACGACAAAGGCCCCCCGAAUAAGAUGAAAAGUGUUGUAAAGGAACAAUAUCAGUCUGAUCCUCAUGUGUCUGACAAACAUACAUCAGCCGAAAAAGAUGUGACCGUCUCCAAGCCAGACUCAGAGGAGGAUUAUGCUGGAAAAUAUUUUACAUCACAGUCUGAUACAAGUCAGACACUUAAAUUCAGAAGUGAAUCGCAGAUUUCUCUGACGACUUCACACACUGAACGUGAGCACCAGGGAAACCUACUGCUGGACGUGAGGAGUAAACGGGAGGAAGACAUCCUGACUGGUGGCUUUUAUAACAACCCAGUCGAACCACAAGGUCAACAACACAUGCCUGACGAGUCUCCGUCAGAGGUCAACACCCAGAUGUCCGAAAAUGAAACCUCAGAGAACACGAUGCCUGACUGGCAGGAGGAUUUCCUCUGGUAUAUAUGGAAUACCUUCUCCAUUAUUUCCAUCAUCCGCUUCUUCAGGAAAUACCUUAGAAAAAACUCAAUGACACAAGAUGAAUCCAAAACUCUCUCUGGGACUUCCAUCACUGGUGAGGUGCCACUGCCCGACAGCAACACGCUGCAGAAUUUUCACUCUAAAUAUGUUAAAGCCUCAUCUAAUAACAAGUGGAGGGAGGGAGAGUUUUUAGAGGGGUUUGCAAAUGAUAUGGUGGAGGCCAUGAGGGUGGUCUGUAAGGGGGAUGGAGGCAUGGUGAUUGAGGACCGUCAGUUGUUGGAUUCAUGUGAUAUAAUAGUUCCCUUUACUCCACCUGAGCCGUAUGGUUUUCAGUGUCUGCUCUCGAAUCACCAGGGGAGUGACCUGCUGCCAGAGAUGCAAGUCUGUGGUCAAAUAAAACUGGUAGAGAAUAAGAAAAUCCAAAAUGCCUGCCCCUGCCACUCUUCUGGUGCUGAUGACAUGGUUUGCCUGCUGCAUUGUGAGAAUGAGAAAGUAAAGACAGAAACCACUGAUGUUUGUGAGCACCCUCUUUGCUUGAAGAGCACCCCCUUCCUGUCAAAAUCUCUGGUUACCAGAUGGUUCCAGAGCAUGAUCAAAAAAGCAUGGGCUCAGAUUUCACACAAGUAUGAUUUUGAGCUCAGUAUUUGCUACAUUGAUGCUCCAGGUGCUCUGGUUGUUAGAUUCAGAUCAGGGAAGAAGCUCUGCUUCAGUAUGAAUCCCGUCGUUAAAUUCAACACCGAUGCUCAUUUUUACAUUACACCCUUCUCCCCGAGCAAUUUGGACACUUGCUGGACACUCUCCCUGACCAUCUAUGAAGAUCAUCUCUUACAAUGCCUCUCUAAACACCUGCCUGAAAACCCAUGCCACAUGCAAACUGUUGAAAUAGCAUGGUUCCUUCACCAGAGACAGACUGCAAUGUCUGCAGGUUGUCUGCUCACGUUCUCUCAUUUCAAAACUGCUCUAUUUCACAUGCUUCUGACCAAAGACCCAUCACAGUGGAAACCUAGUCUUGUGGCUGACAGGCUACAAGACCUGUUUGACUUCAUGGAGAGAAGCCUGGAGAAAAAGCUUCUGCACAAUGUCUUCAUUGGAAACCCCGCAACUCAGAAGAUUAUGCUGCUUCCUGCAGAGUUUACCCAAGCAAAGCCAGUGAAUCUCUUCUCUCCCCUUGUGGUACAAAACUGCAUCUACAGAAAUACUGUGAUGCAUUUCCAGGAAAUGCUUAGAAACACACAGAUGUUGAUUAAUGAUCAUGUUGGUGUGUUGACAGGGCAGUUUGAGAGAAACUCCAUUCUAAAGACUUAAGUGUACAGUUGAAAUUAGGGUGCGUCUCUUCACCCCCAGAACAAUGAAUGUGCACAUCAAGCCAGAGAAAUGUCAAGUACAAGAGAAAGCAGUUUAUUUUUUUAAAAGUUAACAUAUCCACACAUUUUAAUCAUCCUCCCAGUAGUUGAUGAA